UUUCGCUAUAAAUGCUAAUCUCUGACCGUCAAAUAGCUGUGGAGGUCAUUAUCCCUUAUCGUGGAAUAUACUGAGAAUCAAUAUUAUCGACCCUGAGAAGAAGUAACGCGUCGGAUAUCACGCGGUUGAUUCCACGACAGUUCCUAUGGAAACAGGGAACGAUCGAAUUGUGCCCAUGUAAGUUGACUCGAUGGUAUGCGAGUACAAGGUAUAUAUGAAUCAAUGGCAGGUAAACCUAGUUUAGUCUUACGGAGCUACCGCAGUUACAAAUAUUGACACGACCUGCGAUGAACUCGCGAGACGACGUUAACGUCGUCCACCUUCGAAGUUCUCUCCGGAAGUUACCUGUCUGCUACCAAACUCUGCUUUUGUCUUCGUAGGAACGUACCUUAGGUAGGAUAUAUUUCCAACUAUCCAAAUCUCUCUAGGAGUUUGGAUGAUAUUAGGAAAUUUUUCAUCAUUUUUUGCUCCAUUCAUAUCGUCAUUUUAUCAAACGCGCGCGCUUCUUCUUCGAUGUCAAUCGUGAAAUCAAUGUCACGCGUCGAUGAUGAACGCGAGGACGACUCUAGUAGAACAGAAGAGGAUUCAGUGGGCGAAGGAGAGAGAAGAAAUGGCACGUCUUGGAAAUUGGGGUACACUGAAGCAUAAUGAUACUAUCCGCACGACUGUUCGCACAUAUGCAACUGGCUCAAGAUUAUCUUUAAUCGACUCAAAAGACAAGCAGAUAUCAUCGCAACCCUUUCGUGCUACUGGUCAUUAUGGAAGUAACAUGAACUUAAAGACCUUAUCAACGGAUUGUACCGGAAACGUUACUACGAAUUUGAAGAAUUUCGAUUACUCCAGUGGUAGUUUAAUUAAUCUUAAUGAUCACACAGAAAUAUCGCGUAUUCGACGUAGAAGUCCAAGUUUGCCACCAAUUUAUAAUAAAGAGCAGCAACAAUAUUUAUGUCAGGAACAACAACGUGACUUCGACAGCGAAGGGUUGCGUUACCACCAGACUCAUAAGCCACAAAAACAGCCGCAACAGCAUCGAUCGAACGAUCGUCACGAAAACCAGAACGAACCGUCACACCAUUACGGCUCGUUAGGCGAAGAACGCGAGGGUGAAACUUCAGGUUACGCUAGCGAUUCCAUCGAUGUACCGUUGCCGGAAUCUCGGCGACUCAUACCGGGAUGUAAGGGUUCUGAGACGGAUACAAUGGAAAGAACUUGGCAAAAUCCUUAUUACACAACACCAGAUAACUCGUUACCAUCAUCAAGGAGGCUUUCAGAUGGAAGAGCUGGAGAAUUGAUAAACAGACCUAGAUGGGGUAGCGUCUGGGGACAAGAUAGUGUAAGAGGAGAUCCACCACCACCACCAUCUUGGCUUUCAAGAUUAGAUCAGUCGAGUCAAGUAUUAGUAAUAAAUCACGAUAGUGCAAGCAGUCCAGAUAGUUCAACCACCGGGUCAACAGGUUCCGACACUACUAAAACUUAUCUUCGUGGUCAAAACAUACCAGUUGACGCAAAUAUUCUUCAAGAACGAGAAAUAAGGAGACAGAAAGCUCUUGAACUUCAAAAUGCUAUAAAACAGCAACUCGAGGAAAAAGAUAGACAAAGGAAGGAAGAAAAAGCGAGAAGAUUAAGGGAGGAACAAUUGGAAGAGGAAAGGAUUAAGCGAGAAAGGGAUAAGGAAAAAGAAAGAUUCGAAGAGGAACAAAGAAAAUUAAAAGAAAAGGAAGAAGCAAAAUUAAAGAAAGCUGAAGCGAUGCGUGAAAUUCUUCAAGCGGCAGAGAAUUCAGCGAAAGAAGAAAAAAAGAAUCGGCGGAAACGUAUCGAAAUGGAGGAAACGACGCUAAAUCCUACAUCCGAAGGUUACGAGUUUAAAACAAAACAAUAUCCAGUAAAAAAUUGCACGGAUAACAAGUCUCAAGAACAUUUAGAUAAUUGUUGCAAUGAAUCGCAAAUUUCAAAAGAUGCAAAAGAAAUUAGUCAGAAAAAUAUUAAUCAUGAAAAAGAGAAAAUCGUUCAUUUAGAGAAAUCGGAAAGCACGACGGAAGAAAUAAAUUCUGUGCAAGUUCCAAUUAGUAAGGACGUGGCGAUCGUUUUGAGUGGAAGAUUAGAAGAUUCGGAGUUACUUAAAAAAGCUAAUUUGCAAUUAGUAAAUUUGGUCGUCACUCCAAGUCCGAGAAAAUCGGAAAACGAAUCAGGAUUAUCUUUGGGAUUAGAUGUUCUAAUGAAGAAUCUAGGAAGCCCAAUUCUAGCUAAAAGUUCUUCGAAAAUCUCACCGACGAUUACUGAAAAUCGGCUACUCACACCCAGCAAAUACAGAAUGACUUCUGGUCGAGAUUUUGGUACGCAGACCGAUAUCGAAAGUGAUCUUCAGGAUCUUCGCGAGAAGAUUCAAGAAUCGUCAACAAAGGAUGGAUCGAUUAAGGAACGGAAGGACACAACCAAUGCAAACAGAAGAGACGUAGAAAAGUCAACGAAUGUAUGUCAAGCAGAAGAACUUCCGACCAAAACAUUUGCAAGGUCUAAAUCUCAGCCCCGACCAAGUAUUGAGUCCAGGCCACGUUGGAAUGCCAAUAGACCAGGUACGCGAUAUAGAACGCAAAGUGAAAAAGAUCCGCAUUAUCAAAGACGAUUGCGUCUGAGAAAGCGUCAAGUUGAAUCCAGCGAUGAAGGAUCGAGGUACAAAAAUUGUUUUUCUUUAAUUCAUAAAUAAUAUUUAUACUCUUUUACAUUUCUAUUAAACUCAUCUAAAUCUUUGUAUAGAUCACCAUCUCCCGAAAGAAGGAAACCGAUAAAUACAAAAAUAAAAAUGCGAAAUUCGAUUAGAAGGAAAUUAAAGGUCGAUAGUUACGAUGCCGAUCUAUCAAUGGACAGUCUCAAUUCUGUUGUACCAUUGCGUAUCGAUAGAAAUGGAAAGAUUAAUAUUGAAACUAAUCCAAACAACAGAAAUCAUAAACGUUUACUCGAUAUUAAUCAUAUGGAUGAAAUCGAAGGAAAGCCAGAAAAUAAGCAGUCUAAUAUUUGGUGCGGACGUGAAAUUUUAGAGAAAUUAAAUUCUUUAAGAAAUGGUCUUUUGAUGAAACAAAUAGAAUGGGAUCCCAAUAGAAGUUUGGUAUCACCAACUGCAUCGGAAAUUUUUUAAUAUAAUCAAAAUCAUGCGCAUAUUAAAACAUCCUUUUGUUUGUUUCCUUUCUUUUUUCA